CUGGACUGACCUGACAUGGGAGACUCGUGUUGUCAUGUCGCCGAAACUUCACGAAUGGGCUGUUUGUUUUUGGGCGUUGAAGAACACGUGGGAGAAAUUUGUAUAUAUAAAGAGAUGAGCUGGAAGGCAUGAAGCUGAGCUUAUUAAACUAGCAGUUAUGGAGUACGGACAAGAAGACGUAGCCUCUAAAGAAUACGCUGAUUUAAUGGAGCAUGAACCCGUCAGUCGUCUUAAGACGCAGUACCGCUCUUUACAGCGACAGAUGUGCCUCGUUCAGUUUAUGACUGUUUUUCUCUGCAUCAGCUGCUGUAUGUUCACGCUCGUGUAUCAGCCAUUCGCGUCAAGCUGCAAGGGGAAUGAAAUCAAAAAGACAACUGAAAUCGGAAUGCAGAGACAAGCUCCUGAGUCCCAUAGCAGAGAAAACAUUAUCCUGGGACAAAGGCCCACUCGUUUUACUCGCCUGACAUUUAAACAGAAACCUGUUGUCUCUGAUGCUGGUAACGUGACAUGGAUUUUGAAACGUCCGGAGCCAGACCAUAAUGAAUUCUUCACCUUGGAUAAUGAUAAUGAAUCUCUGAAAGUGCAUCAUGAUGGGAUUUACAAAAUUUCUCUGCAGAUCAUGUACAGGGGAUUAGAAGGAUACUUUAAUGAUGGUGAACAUCAUGGAAUUCUGCACCAUGAAAUUCACCAUUACACCGACAGUUAUCCUGGAGUCCUGCCCCUGCUAACCUACAUGGAUACAGUGAACUUUAAGAGUCCAUACUGGAAGAAAACUCUGUUCUCAGAAGGUAUCUUUUCUCUCAAGGCCGGGGAUAGACUGAAGGUCUGGUCCAGUCAUCUUAUCCUCAUUGAUGUUGGAGGAAAGGUGGAACGAAAAACAUUCUUUGUGGCAUAUCCUCACUUUUUCUGUUAAAAGAACAAAAAGAUCUUUUUUUGAAUAGCUUUGCUUAAGAGCUGCUGCCCACAAUGUGUAUCACAUUAGAGCCAUAUACAAAAGCAGAUGCAUCUACAGAAUUAGGAUGUUCCUUAUAAAAAAAAAACAGACAUUGGUUUCAGUUUUUAAAUAAAAACACUAAAAUCCAGGAUAUUCAAUGGAACAUGAAAUUCCAGCAAAAUGAAUUACGUAAGGAAUAAUUGACGACGGGCCGUUGAAUUAUUAGAAAAAUAAUGCACACCCGGGGUGGUAAUGCGGU